UAUUGUCCACAGGAUGUGUGAGGCAAUAUUAUGUCUGUUGGAGAAGGUCAUCCAUUUCCCCACACAGGCACAGUGUGCUGAAGUUGGCAAUGGCUUUCAUCGCCUUGCCAACAGCCCAGCCUUCAGCCACUGUGUGGGAGCUAUAGAUGGAUGCCACAUCCGCAUCAAGGCUCCCAAUAGCCCCCAUGCCCAGGAUUACCUGAACAGGAAACUGUUCUUCUCUGUCCAGCUUCAGGGAAUCUGUGACAGUUAUGGCAAAUUCCUGGACAUUUUUGUUGGCUACCCUGGUUCGGUCCACGACACCAGGGUGCUCAGGAACAGUCCAGUGUUUGUGAGGGGCUGUUACCCACCAGCUGGCCAUUACAUUGUGGGGGAUGGAGGUUACCCGUGCCUGAGGGAACCUUUUAACCUCAUCACACCAUGCCGGGAACCGUUGAGGGGUAGAGUGGAGGCACGCUUCAACCGACACCAUGCCAGAGCCCGAUCGGUUGUGGAGAGGGCUUUUGGGAUGAUGAAGGCACGGUGGAGAGGGAUCUUCUUCAAGGCCCUGGAAGUGGAUCACAGCUUUUCCCCCAAGGUGAUGGCAGUGUGUGCAGUGCUCCACAACAUCUGCCUCACUGCUGGAGACAUCCUGGAGCCAACUGAGGGAGAGGAUCCAGUGCUGCUACCUCCACAGGGACCUGUGCAGAGGGAUGAACAUGCUGGUCAGCACUAUAGGGACAGACUGGCAGCACACGUGUCAGCCCCACAUCAGCGUCCUCCACACCUAAAUGAGCAUGAUUAUUUCGUUAUAUAGUUGCCAUGCUUGGAUUGUUGCUACUCCU